AUGCGCUUUUUAAUAUUCUUUAGCUUAUUUUAUAUCACACACACCCGCUCAGUACUAACAAAUGAGCUCUAUAGAACGAAAAGAAAUGCAAGUCCUGCUGCAGAUAAAUUGGGUAGUGAAAUCACAAUCUCACUCAAUCAACCAGCACCUGCCUUAGGUGAUGAAGUUUCGAUCCCGUUCAAUGAACACAAAACUGUUCCAACUACAACAUCUCGUAGUGUUUCCGUUCAUACAGAUACAACCAGAAGAACGUUUGCUUCAGCGGCUCAAAAAUCAAUUCAUUGUCCAAGUAGAGUAGAUGCAUUUAGUCCAGGUCCUACUUCUGACUUGCUCUUUGACAAACAAACUGUUUAUGAAAUCAAGAACAACAGAAUUAUUGGCAAACGCAUCCUCCGUGAUCACUUCCCCCAGGGACCAUCCGCGGUAUCUGCAGCAGUUUACGAUGAAGAGAAUGAGCUGAUUGUCCUACUUCAUGAGAGACAGGUUUACGCCUUCAAAAAAUCUGGCAAUGCUUUUGAGCUUCUCAGUUCGUACCCUAAGACUUUGCCCCAAUCAGUUAAUUUCUUACCUACUUCCGCUUUGAAAUGGCAUGACAAACAUCAAAUUCUUCUUUCGGACAAUGGGGACUUCGCCUUAUACGACGAAUAUUGGAACAAGUCGCUGAUGUCUGGAACAACAUUAAGUUACUUCGAGGGUUUGCCAGAUGGAGUCCGUGGUGUUUCCAGUUGGAAAAACGGAAGAGCUUUCAUUUAUACUGUGAAUUCUGUUCAUGAAUAUGAUCAAUUCAGCAAGGGAUCAACAAACGAGAAAAGCCUAUCUGAAUUCUUGGAAUGUUGA